AUGCGCAUGCCCAACCGUCGCCCGGUGCCGUCCGUGCGCACGCGCAACCUUCAGCCCGCGAAGACAAGCGCGCGAGACUCUCGUUGCGCACGCGUGGCGCUUAGCGGCGCCUUAUUAAGUCACAGCUCCGCCGACAACAAAGUACCAAGGGAACUCAAUGCGCCUGCGCAGCCCGAUAACAAGUUGUUUUGGGUUGGCCAACAUGUGGUUUCAUGUUUUUAUCGCAAGAUACGGAACUGACAGUCCCUUCCUGACCUGCCCUACAUGUCAGAUGCAACUGUGACAGGUUUUCUGUUGGAAUAUACGUCACACAUUUAUGGCGAUUCUGAGCAUCAGGGCAGACUUCUGCCAGGCCCAGCACAGCACCCUAGCUGACAAGUGAGCGUGUCCUACGUACCAUAAUUACUUUGCCUUGAAGACUCCAGACACAGCGGUCACCCUCAAAUAUAUGGGAUAUCUUCUGCAUAUUGGAAGCAUAUUCCUUUUACUGACUCAAGCAAAACUAAGCAUCAAGAAAACAAAGUGGAGAGAAGAUCUGUCCUUAUUUUUUUUGCCUCACCAGUGCCUAAAUGUAGUACAGGCUGCCUAGUCUUGCAUGUAGUCAGAAUUUUUAGAGUCUGAAGGAUACCAUCUGCAGUUAUUGAGGCCUAAAUUGAAUUCAAGUGGAUUCUAAAGCAAACCUGGUUUUCUUGAAGUGAAAAAUCUUAAAGAACAAACAAGUCAAUAAAGAUAGUUCUGAUUAAGCCCAGGCAUUUUAGUGGUCUUUUUAAUGUUUUCUGCUGUGAAACGUUUCAAGGGUUAUUGAUUUUUGUUUUGUUUUUGUUUUUUGUUUUUGCCCCCACAUAUAUUUUUUUUUGUUUGCCAUUAUGAACCGUCCAGCCCCAGUGGAGAUUACUUAUGAGAGUAUGCGUUUCCUGAUCACUCACAACCCAACCAAUGCAACCCUCAACAAGUUCACAGAGGAGCUUAAGAAGUAUGGAGUGACAACCUUGGUGCGAGUUUGUGAUGCCACGUAUGAUAAAGCUCCUGUUGAGAAAGAAGGAAUCCAAGUUCUAGACUGGCCAUUUGAUGAUGGAGCGCCACCCCCAAAUCAAAUAGUUGAUGACUGGCUAAACCUGUUGAAAACCAAAUUUCGUGAAGAGCCUGGAUGCUGUGUUGCUGUGCAUUGUGUUGCAGGAUUGGGAAGGGCUCCUGUCCUAGUUGCACUGGCUCUCAUUGAAUGUGGAAUGAAGUACGAGGAUGCAGUUCAGUUCAUAAGGCAGAAAAGGAGGGGAGCUUUCAAUUCCAAACAGCUGCUUUACCUUGAGAAAUACCGACCUAAGAUGCGAUUACGCUUCAAAGAUACCAAUGGUCACUGCUGUGUUCAGUAAAAGAAACCUUAAACGAAGGCUGAAGUUAUCAUGGCUGUUUUCUGGACUCUUGUCACCUGGAAAUGUGAAUCUGGAAUCAAACUAUGUCAUCAAAUUAGUGGUGGAGUUAGUGCUCCUCAGCCUCUGUCCUAAUGGUGGUGAUGAUUUAAAAAAAUAAUAAAAUUAAAAAAAGCAACAUUUCAGUGAAGGAUUGUUUUCUCCUCAAGGUGCAGUUUGAAUAUCUGCCAGGAGAAAAUCAGUUUCUGAACCUUCUGUAUUUUUAACUUUUUUUAAAAAAAUAAAAUAAAGUGAAGUUUAUGUCUAAGGAAAACCAGCAGAGCAUUGGGUUUUGCAGAAACCAUUUUCUUGGUUCGGGGACAGUGCUUCAUAGUUAGGUCCUGGCAUGUGGAAUUUCCUUUGGGACUUCCUUUUUUAAUUAUUAUUAUUAUUAUUAUUUUUUAAUAGUCCCUCCCACCCCUGCCUCUUUCCUUGCUGGGAGCUGGCAGACAGAAAUAAGGAUGAGCCUUUGUUGCUGUAGGUGAGCAGUGUGAUAGCCUUAAGUCCAACUGGGCACUCUUCUAGAAAUAUAGUGGUGGUUGUGUUGUGUCUCUAUGUGGUAUUUAGACUUUGCAAAUGAUGGGAUGUUUUUGGUAGUUUUCUUUAACUGAAGACUCUCUAAUACACUUGGUGAACCUGCUAAAGGCCUUUUCUAAUUGGUAGAGGUAGUAUUUUUACAAAUAAUGCUCUGUGUGCGUGUGGGCACGUGUGUGUGUGCGCGCGCACGCUUGACUAAAUCGUACAUCUCCAAAAAACUUGGCUGAGAAGUUAACUUUCUGCUACUUGGGUAGAAAAAUUAUAUCCUGGUGGAGGAAGAUUCAGACAUCCAUAAUGCAAAAGUGUCCUAGUCAACUAAAGGAGAUUCCAGGCAGGGAGUUUUUAACUCCUCUGUCCUAAGAAACAAAGGCUGUUGUGGUCAUUGUCCAGAUUAUCUCUGCCUCUUUGAACAUAAACCAGGACUGGAAGGGUCUCAUUGGUACUGCAUGUGAGGCUCAGGUAGUGUAUAUGCAGUUUGGUCUCUGAAUAAAUGCCUGGUUAUGGGUAUUUUCCCGGACUGGUCCUCAUGUACAGUUCAGUUUAACCACUGAUUGCCUUGUUCUUUUUUUCUUUACCAGGCUCUUUCUGAGAGAGAAUCACUGGUUACACACCAACAAUGCCUAAUAUUCAUACACUGUCAGCAGGCCAUAACUUACGGGGUGGGGAAAAUGCUGAUUUUGGGGGGGCAAGGAUGUAUUGUUUGUGGACCAGUGCAGUAUUUUCCUUGCAGAGUCAUUGCUGGGUUCAGUGCACUGAUCAAAACUAGUCAUUUGCACUGCCUCUGAGAGGUAGUUUCAGUAAAACUGGUUUUACCAAAUUAAUUGUAAUGCCAGCUUAGUGUUCUGCCACAUUAGUGAUCUUGUGUGCUUUCAACUCAACAUUGUGUUCGUAAUAUUGGUCAGCCACUGAGGACUUUGAACACAGGUUUAGGAUCGUCUUGUCCUGUGGUCUCUUGCUGUGCAGCACCAAAGGCUUUCAUUUGUCUGUCCCAGCAGCAGUGUCAGCAAGUGCAGACUGGUACCCCCCUCUUUAGUAAUACCUCAGAUACUGGUUAUGUGAACUGCCUCUAUACAAUAUUUUCCUAUUCCAAAGUUUUGUUUUAAUUUGUAACCUCACAAAACUGCAUAAACACUUUCAGAAAACAUAUAAUGGAUUUUAAAAUUCUAUUUCUAGAAGUGUGUUUAAGUUCAAACAAAAAAUGAUGGUACUACUCAAACCUUCCCACUUAAGGACAUGCCAAAAGAUCCCUUUGUAGGUUCAAAGCUAUAAAACACUGCACCCCCCCAAAGCUCAGAUACUGUACCUUGACUCAAGCUCUAUUAAUGUAGUAACAAACUCCUUCCUGCCUUAAAAUGUGUAAUGUGCUCAAUUUUUGUGUGUGUGUUGUAGAUAAAGGGGGUGCACACUUGUGCACGAGGCUAAUUCCUACAUGUUAGGAAAAUAAUUGGUAAUGUUUGAUUCUGCGCAGGGGUACAUAAGGCUGGAAGCAUCUAAUAUUGCCCCCUCCCCAAACAACAAACCAACAUUUUAAUUAUUCUCAUAGUUGGAUUUUUGUUUCUGCAAAAUUAAAACAUUUGAUUUUGAACUGAAUAAAGUAUUGAUAGCUGACGUCGGCUUGACAAAUGAGAGAGAUGUUGGACUGGAGGGGAAAAGGGUUGUAGCCAGAUUGAAAACCAAAGCCCAGACCCUUUAAAAGAACAAUAAAAAACCCUAUUUACAUACUCUGUGUAUAACUGCAUUCCUCCUAGUUUUACUUUGAUUUAUAACAAUAUACUGUAGUAGCUUGUACUAUGACCCUGCAACCUUAACUGAAUUGAGAAAACAGGAUAAAGUCACAUGGGUGCACAGACGCGUAUACAGUGUAGACAUGGAGUGUGAGGGGCUCAAUAGGCACAAUAGCUGGUUCAGCACUUGGACAUAGUGCAAUAAAGUUCUUACUGUAAAUGGC